ACGAACAUUUUUCACUUGUGAUACGUUUUUUUUCACGCGGAAUAUAAUAAUAAUAACCUUGUAAACUUGCAAUGUGUCGAAAAUAUGCCAAUAUGUAGCAUUAGCUUGUAGCUAAAUACAGGAGGCUAACGCAAGACCAUUAAAACAUGAAUAUUAUCAUAGUAAACAAUUAGCUGUUAACUCAGGCUGCUAUUACAUGUAACGUUGUCCUGCCUACUUUAAGUGCAGCUCUUUUAGUGGUCUAAGGAGUUUAGACUUUUUGAGUACACAGUUAGCGGGUAUUUCUCCGUGGUAUUUAAUUUUAUUUAUUUUUGACGGUCUCCAUCGUUUGCGACUAGUUAAAUUUGGGUCAUUAAUUACUUGCACCUGCAGAGAAAACGCCAUUGUAAGAAAAUCCCGACCAGGAGCACAAUAGCACAUCUUCCUCCGAGCAAAGACACAUUUCUUGGCCGUGAUGUGGCUGUAUGUUGCUGUUUUCCUGCUGUGGCUGAGCCCAGGAGGAUGCUUGGUGACAGCAAACACGUCGAACCUAAUCGAAUAUACGGCCGAGGGAUUCAGUGAGAAAUUGAAUUCAGGGAAAACGAUCUUUGUCUACUUCGGGCAUCAAGUCUCCCCCACCAUCUCUCUCUUCAUAGUCCAGCUGGAGAAGUGUGCUGAAGCCCUGCACGAUUAUGGGAUAUCGGUUGCCAAGGUUAACUGCAGUAGAGAGCUAGUGGCCGGGUUCUGCUCAGGAGAGAAGUUAAUGAGGAAAGCCUACCUGUUUAGGAGUGGCGAGGUGUUGAAGAGUUUUGACGUGGACACUGUGUUUGACGUCAAUGCCAUAGUCUCCCACGUCCUGUUUGCCAUUCUGUUUGACGAGGUGAGGUAUGUGCAGUCGGACGCAGACCUCCAGGCCUUGGAGCGGAUGGCCAAGGGGAAAACAGACUUGGUGUUGGGAUAUGUCCAGAUGCUGGGAACUCAAGAGCACAGGGCACUGAUGGAGACGGUGUUUGUGUAUGGAGCCAAAUAUCAGUUCAUCCUCACCACCGGAGGACCUAUUCUGGAACACUUAGGUGUCAGCGCGUCUUCUCACUCAUCCGGCGCGUGGUUCCUCCACUGUAGGGUUCACAGGGGCUUCAUGACCCUGAUGACCUCUGACCGGUGUCCUUUGACCCCAAUGAGGAAGCCCCUGUCCACCCUCGGUCUCUACUCCUUUCUGCAGCUCAUGGAGGCUCCACUAGUGUCUGAAGUGUAUGAAGAUCCCUCCUCAGUGCAGCCGCCCCAGCCCCCCCACCUCCAGACCCCCCAGCUCUUCCUGUUCUCUCGGCCCAGCACUGAGCACCUGGACCUGGACACGGCCACCACUCUGGCCUGGAGGCUCCGCGGUCUUGCCCUGCUGGUGCUGGUACACAGAGAGAGUCCAGCAGUGAAAACCCCUGAGGAAUAUAACGCUGCGUACAGGCUGCCAGAGCAGGGGUCAGAGGUGAAAUAUUUGACCCUGACCAACCUCGAGGACGUCAUGGAGCUCUUCACAAACCAAGGCAGGGAGGAGGAUGAGGAGGAGGAAGGAGAGGAAGAGGAGGAUGAGGAUGAGGAGACACUUGACGUCUUGGAUGAUGAGAUCGAGGAGUCUGUUUACAGAACUCGAGGCCAUCUUCUGAACAUGGACUCCAUUACCCAGCUCACCACUGACAGCUUCCACACAGCAGUAGCAGAAAACAGCCUGACAGUGGCGCUCUUCUACCUCAAAUGGGAUGCUGUUUCCAUGGCCUUUCUGAGCUCCUUCAUUGAAGUGGCAGAGCGGCUGGAAGACUCUGAGAUUGCAGAUGUGCAGAUGGCUGUGGUUGACUGUGGAGAAUGGACAGACCUUUGCGCCGCCCAGCCAGUCAGCUCCCAGCCGACGCCAUUCCAGCCAAUCACUGCUUUCCCUACCGUCUUGCUGCUCCGCCCCCAGGAAUCACCCCAGCGCUACCGUGGAAUGCUGGGUAGCGAAGCGCUGCAUCGCUUCAUCAUGCUGAGUUGUCCAGCGUCCCCAGUGUUGCUGCACACUGAAGAGGAAGUGACAUCAUUCCUACAGGAGGUGCCCCUCCCUGAUGUAGCAGGCUACAGGCCUGACAGGGUGCUGGGGCUGUUUAACACACACACACAUUCAGGUAUACCAGUGUUUACUGAAGCAGCAAAGUCACUGAGAGGACAGGCACUGACUGGACUGCUGACAGACAAGCUGGCAGAGAAAUGGGCCACAGACCACACACUGGACCUACCUGUAGUGCUGGUGUUCCCUUCUUGGAGGACACACACUCGCCCCUCGCCAUUGCCUCUGUCUUCCUCUGCUGAUGAGCUGCUCACACACAUCAACACUGCACUGCUGCACACACUGCCUGAGCUGACGGUGGAAAACCUGCCAUCCUUCCUCUCGCUGGGUAAAGCCCUACUCCUCCUCUUUGUGGGAGAGGAGGAGGACGAGUGGGGGAGGAGGGAGAACGAGGCGGUGGUGGAGGAGAUUAGAGGAGUGGUGGAGAGUGAGGGGAGCAGGACCGAGAGAUACCUGGCCUGCUGGAUCCACCUCGGCCAUACUCCAGCUGGUAUCUCUGUCCUGGAAUCAUACCUGGGCACUCUGCCCCCCCUCCCGGCUCUCGUCCUCACCCAUCUGCCCUCCAGAGGAGAGAUCUACCACUUCCCCUCCAACACCCCCAUAGUGGCACACUCUGUCCUGCAGUGGCUGCAGAGGAUUGAGGAGGGGAGCGAACCAGCCGCAGGAAUGAUAGAGGAGGAUCGUUGGACUCCUGUAGUCCCAUUCUACGACUUCCUGUCAGCCAUGGACCAGGAAGUACCAGGCUAUGCCCAGCAGAGAACUUCAAAGUCCAAAGAGAAGAAGGGCGAAGAGGAAGAGGAGGACAAGGAGGAACGGAGGAGGAGGAGGAGCAGGGAUGGAGGUAUUGAGAGUGGUAGCAGACGAGUGGAGAGGGAUUCCUCCUCCAACCCCUCCACUCCUCCACUGCACUCUGAACUGUAGAAAAACACAAAGGAUGGUGGGAAGCAGGAGGGUCAGGCCAAAGAGGUUGACUGCCAUAGGCUGGAGAUUUUUUUUUCUGCAGGAUUAUUACAUACAGAGGAAAAUAUUUCACUGCUGUGAAGUUUUUUUUUUUUUUUAAAUCUUUUUAUACUGAUGAAUAUAUUUUUGUAUCAACUCUAUUUAUAAUUUCUAUCCUGCUGUUAAUGUGACAUUACACCCAAACACAGACACACACACACACACACACACACCCACACACACAAGAUGUUUACAGAGGCUGACUGUCAGUCUGUUAUUUUAUCAGUUUCAUUUCCUGAUGCCGUCUCACUGAUAUGGUUUUGUGACAGAUUCCCUGUGAACUCUGUGGCUGACCAAACUGCUGACAGCUCUCAAUAUUUUCAAGGAAAAAUACACUCAUGCUUUUGUGGUUUUUUCACUCUUCAACAAAGCCUAUGAGCUCAUUUAUUAUGACUUGAUCAUAAGCUAUUUUGUCAAAAUACGCCUAAAUAGUAUUUUGCGGUUUUAUUUGUAAUCACCCAUGCUCCAUUUUAGUCCUGUAUAUAAAAUAAACAGCAUCCAUGUAAAUUAGCGUUCAGUAGGCUUCCAUACUAGAAAAGAACUUUUUUAAUAACUCACAAAAAACGUAAACUCAGAAGCACAAGAGCAAGCUCAGUAAGUACACUUAACACUCCAUUAUUGCCGUAUCAACGGUCAAUUAUUUUAGAGCAGACUAUUUCACACAGUGGAGGGUUGGUUCAUUCACAGAUCAAUGCUCCAGGAUACAAGAGGGUUACAUAAAUGUCAAAUAUGAAAACAGACCCUUCCUGUUGCCAGUUAGUUAUACUUGAGCACUGUGUGGUUUUGCCAGUGAUGUAUAUUUUUUUUACACUUCUGGCACAGCCUGUUACUAUACAUGCAGUUUUUUGAUUUAUUCAAUCCCAUUUUAUAACAAAUCAAAAGAAAAAAGUCUUUUGGAGCCCAUUAAUCAGAAGCUAGAAGAUGCUUUUUUGAACAGUAAAUCUGUAGGUGAACACACUUGCGGGCCCUGCUGUUGUAAACAGUAAUGAACAGGUAACUCCUCAGUGUCCCGGGGACCCAGUUUUCCCCUGAGGAGAGUUUGUUUAAAUUUUAUAAACAGUUUUAAUAUAUUUGUUAUAUCACAGUUUGAAUUUUGGUUUAAAAUGUAUCUCUCAGAACUACACACUGCACCUUUAAUCUUGAGGUGUGUUAGGGGCUAAAUGUAUCUGCCUGUGUCUUAAAGUGACAGAUAAGCCAUAAUGGGGCAAUAAGUAAGGUUUCUACUGUUCUAUAGCACAACAUGAUUGUAAUAUCUGUGUUGACAUGAUGAGUGUCACCUCAACUCAAAAUACUUGCGUUGUUUUGGAACCCAAUCGAUUUUUAUGCUCAAGCGGCAAAAGUACAUGACCAAGCAGUAUUUAUUCUACAAGUAUUAAACAUGGCGAUAUAUUAGCUCCUUAGUGUAUACAUUUCUGAUGGAUCUGUGCUCUGGCUUGCUUGCAAGUGUCUGCCGGGAAAAUGCAACUCAGUGUCAGUCACAGGCCACUGAGGCUGAAGGGGGAGCCUAGAUGUACACAAGAAUUUCCUUUAGACAAAACAUUGGAAAAUGACUGAAAUGACGCAGAGGCCUUUGGACGGUCCUGUCGUGGCCCUGCAAAUAAUUACAAAAUCUUUAGCAAAAACCUUCUUCUGUGAAGCAACACACUCCAGACCUCACUACCUGAUCCACAGCCAUAAAAUAAACUGCACUACCUGUAGCAGCAUAGCUGUAUUAUGUUACAACCUCUCACUACACUUCAUUUGUUUUCUGAAAUCACAUUAUAGCAUGUACAAUAGCAAUUAGAGGAGACAUUUGAGCUUGAGGAUAUCUUUAUGCAUUUGACCACCAAUGUCCUGGAAGUGUCUUGAAUAUUAUUGUGACGCUGUAUUUUUCCGCAUCAUUCCAUGCCCUCUCCCGGAAUGACAGUUGCAUCAUGGGACCGGUGUGUAAUUUUUCCUGGCUUUUGCGGUGCAGAACAAAGAGAUGAGGAUUUGGUUUGUUGGAUUGGUCCAUUUGCAUUAGUGUCAUGGUUUUGGAAGUGGAUUCUGUUACCUUGACUUGUUUGAAUCAAUUAGUGUCAGAGUUAAAAGGGAAUAUCCAUCCUAAACCAAAUCCAGACUGAAGGGUCCAUUAUUUUAGUGCUUGAAUUGUGGCUUAAGGUGGAUUUUCUCUUCAGUGACAUGUCCGAAAUUGAAAUAUUUGUGGCCUUGUCUAUGUAAACAGGUUUUGCAUGUGUUUGGUGCUGCAAAAGGUGGUUUCCAUUGCUUAUGUUGGAUGAAACUUUAAGGAUUUCUGUGGGAACUGGGGUCAUCACAACGGCAGAAAAUGACCCUAAAGAGAAAAAUAUAACAAAUGGAGAAUAUAAUUUGUUCACACUGAAGUAAAAUGUAUUUUGAGGUACGGGGAGGUAUGACUGUUGUACGUACUUUUCCAUGUUAAGUCAAGUCAUCUAUUUGAAUGUAUUUUUGUUGUAUAUGGACAAAUAAAUUUGGGAUUUUGGGUUUAAUCAC